AUGGUGUCUCAUCAAGGUCUUUAUUCCUUCACCCUAGUUUUUCUUUUAGCCACCCUAAUCACACCUGGUGAAGCCAAUAACAACCGUAAGCUUCUACAAACUCACACUAACUACCAACCGGAACAUUCUCCUCUUCCAUCUCCGGUCUAUUCUCCUCCGGCGGAUCUCACCCCUCCUCCUACUCCGGUCUAUUAUCCUCCAGCUGAUCAUCCUCCUCCUCCAUCUCCGGUCUAUUCUCCUCCGGCUGAUCUUCCUUCUCCUCCUCCUACUCCGGUUUAUUCUCCUCCUGCAGAUCUUCCUCUUCCCCCUACUCCGAUUGUUCUUCCUCCUCCUCAAGCUUAUCAAGCCUACUAUUACAGGAGAUCUCCACCACCACCACCGUCUAGAUAUGGAAAAGUGUAUCCACCUCCUCCCGCCAAACCAUGGUGGUGGUUAUUGUGAUUUGUGGAGCGUUAAAGUCUUAAAGACAUUGUGCAUUAGUAAUUAUUACGUGAUGUCUUUAAUGUCUCUAAAUUAACCCCCAAGGUUUCUUCUAUAUAUUUCAAUCACGAAUACUGAUUUUGCUCUUUCGUAAUGUGAGUGAAGUUAUGCAUUAACAGAUUGUUAAACGUAACCUUUUAUGUUGUAUUGUAUUGAUUCUUUUCAUU